CAAAACACGCCCCUACUUGCCGAGCGUAGAUAAAAUACAAGCCAAAUCCAGACAGCCUGGUGUCUUAACACAGUUAGCUCUGCUACUUCGCCUGAGAAGACUGUUUAUUAACCGUCCUCUCUAUCUUCAGUAAAUCUUUUUUUGCUGAAGUGCUGAUGGUCUUCUCAACAUCUGUCCGUUGGUAAGCUGUGGGCGUCGCUGCUGAGCUCGGAGCUAAGCGGGGAAAAGUAGCGGUCUGGCGGAGAGAGAGACGUGGCCAUGGACGCCGGAGAAGAUGCGGGUUCGGCUUCAGCUUCGGUUUCGUCCGCGGAGGCUCCGGGGAGACACGCCGUGUCCGUACUGCUGGCCUUCGGGAAGUGCCUGGGUGCCCUGUUGCCCGUCUACUUGGCCGGCUACUUCGGGCUGAGCCUCUGCUUCGUCGUGCUCGGCCUGGUGGUGUACCUGGGAUGGAGGCAGCACCGCGACGGCAAACAGGCGAGACUCAACACCGCCAUGUACGUGCUGGAGAACGAGAGAGACUUCACCACCACCAGGCUGUUCAGGAGCAGACGGGACCUGCCGGCAUGGGUGAAUUACCCAGAUGUGGAGAAAGUGGAAUGGCUUAAUAAGAUCCUGCAGCAGGCCUGGCCUUUUGUAGGCCAAUACUUGGAGAAACUGCUGGUGGAGACAGUCGCCCCCUCAAUCAGGACCUCCAACACACACCUUCAGACUUUUAGCUUCACCAAAGUUGACCUGGGAGACAAGGCAGUGAAGGUGGUUGGAGUGAAGGCUCACACUGAGCAUGAUAAGCGUCAGGUGUUGCUGGAUCUUCAUAUCAGCUAUGCUGGAAAUGUGGAGAUCAAUGUGGAAAUAAAGAAGUACUUUUGCAAAGCUGGUGUGAAAGGAAUACAGCUUCAUGGAAAGCUGAGGGUGAUUCUGGAGCCAUUAAUUGGAGAUGUUCCCCUUAUAGGAGCUAUCACAAUGUUCUUCAUCCGAAGACCUAAGCUGGAUAUCAACUGGACAGGCCUCACCAACUUACUAGACAUUCCAGGUCUGAAUGCCAUGUCGGACACUAUGGUAAUGGAUGCUAUCGCCUCUUUCCUGGUGCUUCCCAACCGCCUCACUGUCCCUUUGGUGGCUGAUCUGCACGUAGCACAGCUGCGCUCCCCUCUACCACGGGGCAUAGUCCGUAUCCACCUGCUGGAAGCCGAGAACCUGGCUGCUAAGGACAACUUCAUUAAAGGUGUGAUUGCUGGCAAGUCAGAUCCUUAUGCAGUGCUGAGGGUGGGCACACAGACCUUCACCUCCCACCAUGUGGACAACAACCUCAACCCCCAGUGGAGGGAAAUGUAUGAGGUGAUUGUUCAUGAAGUUCCUGGCCAGGAGCUGGAGGUGGAAGUGUUUGAUAAAGACCCUGAUCAAGAUGAUUUCCUAGGAAGGGUCAAGUUGGACUUGGGCCUUGUAAAGAAAGCAAGAGUCUUGGAAGAGUGGUUCACUCUGCAAGAUGCACCAUCUGGCAAGGUUCAUCUCAGGCUGGAGUGGCUCUCACUGCUGCCCUCUGCGGAGCGCCUUAAUGAGGUGCUCCAGAAGAACCAGAAUCUUACUGUGUCCAGUAAAACUCCUGACCCUCCUUCCGCUGCCGUCUUAACAGUGUAUCUGGACCGGGCCCAGGAUCUACCUAUGAAGAAAGGCAAUAAGGACCCCAGCCCUAUGGUGCAACUUUCUGUGCAGGAUACCACCAAGGAGAGCAGGGCUGUUUGUGGAACCAACAACCCAGUGUGGGAGGAUGCCUUUACCUUUUUUAUACAAGACCCUCGUAAACAGGACCUUGACAUUCAGGUGAAAGACGAUGACCGGUCUCUGACUCUGGGCACUCUGUCCAUCCCCCUUUCUCGUCUGCUCUCCAGUGCUGAACUGAGCAUGGACCAGUGGUUCCAGCUGGACAGCUCUGGACCUGCCAGUCGUAUCUACCUGAAUGUUGUACUGAGGGUGCUGUGGCUUAAUGAGGAGCCCACCAGCCCAGUGUCUCCAGAUCCCUCAGUUCCAUUUCCUGGUGAGGGAGAGGAUGAUGUUAUAACAGAUGUGACCCAUGGAGGAUCCAGUGUGUCACCAACCCCCACACGUCCACAGCACACCAGCCCAGAUUCCACUUUUGGUGCCGAGGGUGUUCUGCGGAUUCACCUGGUGGAGGCCCAGAGUCUUGUUGCUAAGGAUAGCUUCAUGGGAGGCAUGGUGAAGGGCAAGAGCGAUCCUUACGUGAAGAUCCGAGUGGGGGGGCUGACCUUCAAGAGUCGUGUUAUAAAGGAGAACCUCAAUCCAGUCUGGAAUGAACUUUAUGAGGUGAUCCUUACACAACUCCCAGGCCAAGAGGUGCAGUUUGACCUGUACGAUAAAGACAUGGAUCAGGAUGACUUCCUCGGCAGACUUAAGCUGAGUCUAAGUGACCUUAUCAGCGCUCAGUACACUGAUCAAUGGUACACCCUGAAUGAUGUAAAAUCAGGACGGGUUCAUCUGAUGAUGGAAUGGUUGCCAAAAGUGUCUGACCCAGCCAGACUGGAACAGAUUUUACGCUACCAGUCUCAGCAGUCCUAUGUGAAUAAAGCAGUGCCCUCUGCAGCUGUGCUCUUCAUAUAUGUGGAGCGAGCCCAUGGUCUGCCUCUGAAGAAGAGUGGGAAGGAGCCAGCUGCUGGAGUCGAGUUGACACUCAAAAAUACAUCCCACAGGACUAAACUUGCCAAUCGUUCUACAUCUCCAUGCUGGGAUGAAGCAUUCUGCUUCUUGGUGCAUGACCCCAAAGAAGACAUAGUCACUGUAAAGCUCUCUCAUGGCUGGGGUCAGCCUCUGGGUGCGCUGGUGCUGCCUGUGAAAGAAAUACUUGCAGAGCAAGCCUUAGUGCUGGAUCGCUGGCUCACUCUAGAUGGAGCUUUGCCUGAGAGUCAAAUGCUAAUCAGGGCUGAAUUAAAGCUUUUGGACUCUAAGUUGGCACAGUGUGCUGAUGGAAGUAAUGGCACUGAAGAGGUGGAGCAUAUCAUUCCAACGGCAGAGACGGUACCGGCAACAAAUCAGGAGCUCAGACACAGGACAGUCCAGGGGGGUGGAGAUGCAGGAGACAGUGGGCGGGGUCAGGUGAAACUCACCAUUGCUUACUCUACUGAGGAGAACAGACUGGUCAUCAUUAUCCAUGCUUGCAGGAAUCUGCAGCCUUGCUCCAAGGAUGGAUCAGAUCCCUACAUCUCCUUCCUUCUCCAGCCUGACAAGAACAGAAGCACCAAAAAAAAAACCAGCAUCAAGAAGCGAGACCUCAAUCCUGAGUUCAAUGAAAGGUUUGAUUUUGACUUGUCCCUGGAGGAGGCCACACAGAGACGCCUUGACCUGUCCGUGAAAAACAGUGUUUCCUUCAUGAGCCGUGAAAGAGAGCUCAUUGGCAAGCUUCAUUUAGAUCUGAAUCAGCUGGACCUCAAGGCAAGCGUCUCACAGUGGUACGACUUAACAGAAGAGACCAGCUGAUCUGGCCUAUGUAUGUUUACGCAACGAGGCCUUCUAAUUUACUCCCCAGGCUGCACAGCUGCAUCUGCAUGGCGCAAGUGUCACAUUACCUUUAUAGCUUAGUGCAGUGGGACCAGUGAUUGUGAAAAUGUUACGUUUGUGAUUUCAGUUCUAUAGUUUCUGUAGUUUUAUCUCCAACGAUGCCAAAUGCAUUUGAGACGGUCUUAAUGUUACAAUCGGUGCACGUCAGCCGAAUUUUUGCAAAUUUGCACUAAAACGGCAUAAAUACGUUUGUUAAGGGAACAAUCAAAACAUUGUCACGAGUCUCCUUGGGGGGAAAAAGCACUUAAGAAUGCCUGAUGCCUGCUAAAAAGACUGAAACUCUGUUCCUUUAUGCUGGUCUUAAAUUAUAAGAGUGUUCUUUGACAAGGUUUUAUUAUUUUCUCAUCAAAUGCUCAAAUGCUCAUUACAUGUAAUGUUUUUGUGUGUUCCAACAUUUCUCCUCUUUUCACGUUAUAUUGUAAAACAUCAGUUUUAACAGUUUUUUUCCUUCCUUUUUAUUUUUCUUUAUACUUUCAAUUCCAUGUAAGAGCUUUAUACUAAGGAAAAAAAAAACGGGUGGUUCUUUAAAGAAGAAUUUUAUUUAUUUAAAGGACUUAUUACUGUUUCUUUAUGGGUAGAUUUCUGCACACUGUAGCUUUAAGAGAAUCUACAAGAAAUAUUCAGAUCAUACAGUCAUUCCAUAAUCUGAGCACUGCAGCUAGACCUGUUUGCUAAGAAUAAUUAUCUUACUUUGAUUGAUUUUUUUGUGGGGUUUUUUUUUUUGCCUGAUGCACAUUUGCCUACAGUCUGGGAAACUGCUGUCCACUGUGUAUUGAGUUCUGGUUGAAGGAGUUAAUUCACUUUUCUUUAUAUCAGACAUGCUGAAGGUCGCCUUAAGGCCGUGUUUUACAGUAUUUAUACCAAGUUUAUUGUAAAACCAUUGCUUUGCUGUUAUAUUAGUAAAUUAGUAGUUUUACAAUGCCUUGUUUCAGUUUCAGAAGGCUUUAACAUAUCAAAAAAGGUCAAUCACUGUGCUUUUGUAUCCAUUCCAAGCAAAUGAGUUUGUGGUUGUUUAUGAGGACUGACUCUGAUGGAUAUUUCAGCAUGGAUAUUAUCGUCAAAGUGCCAAUGGUCCGAGACCAAUUCAGCAGCUGGAGUUUGAGAUCUGUUACAAAGAAAAUUGUUAGAAAGAAAUCGUCUUAAUUAAACAUUUCUGAGAAGGUAACUUGUGGAGAGGAAUCAGGAUGCUAAUCUGUUGAUGCCGUUGCUGGAAGUGUGUAAUGCAGCUGUUUUAUUAAAGAAGCUUUUUGCACUUUAAAA